GUCAGCAAAUUGUCAGCCCAUUGUUACACAGCACGAGGCCGGGUAUAUAUAAAAGGAGCGAGCGAGUGAGUGCGAGUACUUGAAGACAACAGGUGAUUGAGAUCGUAUCAAAGAAGCUAAGCAUGGAGUUCUUGAAAGUCCUCGUGGUUUUGUUAGUGGUAUUUCACGAUUCACUCUCGAAGCCUAUUGGUUCUGAAGAUGAGCUACGUGAGAUUGUCGGGCAACUAGAGGGACUCGUAUCAAGCUUACGACGGUAUGUAGUUUAUGGGGGUAAGCCCGAGUACUCGAUGAAUAGUAUCGAACCAUGGAGCGAGUCUACGCCAGAAUCUCCAAUCCCCGGUGCCAGAAUGUUGGGAAAGCUACUAAGGCCAUACUUCGGUAGUUUCCCAGAUGGACCAUACACAUCGGAAAUGACUUUAACACAACAUAAUAUUGUGACAAAGUUGAGCGCAUGGUACAGAACUGACCAAGUGAUGUUCAGAGAACGGGCUUUUGUCAUUAUUGCGGGAGAGCUCUUGAAUGCCCAUUUCCAGUGCGCAACUACAAAACUCAACCAAGUAGUUUUCUAUGUUUUCAAGCACAAAUUGCGUGAAAUGACCAACAAUGACCAGAACAUGAACAUUCGCGUGAGGGACAUUCUACAGAGAUGGGUAAUGGAUACGGCCACGGUGGAUAAUGUCGCCCAGGAAAUUGUUUUGACAGCGCAGAGACAUACCUACGGGGAGAUCAUUGAUCAUAUUGUUUAUUUCCAACUGGAAGAUAUCGUGGAAUUCCUUGGGAAAAUGAAAAUGUUCAUGUGGAAGGCUGACCAGAAUAAAUGGUCUCCAGUCAUUUUCGAUGAGAAACUAAAUCAACUUUUGACAGACAAUGACUUUGUCUUUAAAUGUCCGAGCAUGAACGAUCUACGGCGGUUCCACCAAGAAAUUGCUAGCCGCUUUCAUGAAAGGACUCGUGUUAUCAAACCCUUAACGGAGAUGGAGGCCUGGCUGAGGAAAACCCUACCUACCUACAUGACUACAGACGCCACCCCCGCCAUUACUGCCAUCAUUCAACUGUGCACGGACUACGUCAAAUCGGCCAUGUUCCGCUUCAAGGAGGUGGAGAACCACGUGACCACCGGAAAACCGGUUGACAUCACAAACUUCAUGUCUAGAUAUCUUGCACCACAUCAACUCAAAUAUAUGCAGUCCAUCUUUGAAUUCCUUAAUACUGGAAAUACAAACAAUGGCAUCAAAAUGGAAGAAUUUGGAAAUCUCCGGCAAUCCAACAGAUGCACAGAAUUAAACGGAAAAUGUGAAUAGACUCUGGGACAUCGACAAGUGAUGAAAUACACAAACCGUGUGAAAAAUAAUGAACUAUUUUGUAGUGCUUUCAAAAACUUGAUUUCAAAAAUAAAGUUUAAAAAUGCCAAA